GAUGAUGAGGAGGAAGGUUUCAACGAGGACUCGGGUGACGAGGAUCCCUUCACAGGACAGGAGGAGUCUGGUGAGGAAGAGACCACUUCUGACGAGAUCGAGCACUGCUGCGCGAGAGAGUCCACCCGCCGUCGCUCUUCGAUGACGGCGAUGGUCAGCGAGUCCACCCGGCAGAACGUCAUGCAGCACGUGCAUGCCGGUCUGGCGGUGGUUUUAGGUACUCACAUCGCA